AUGUCGAGUAAAACUACUGCAUCAUCUGGAAAAAAACCAGCUUUAACUGCUGAAGAACAACAAAAAAUUGUGUCGGGUUUUCAAGCUUUACGUGAUGAACAAACACAAUUAGUACAAAAAACUCAAGAUUUAGAAACGGAUUUAAAAGAGCAUGAUCUUGUUCUUUCCACAUUAUCGACAAUAACGGAUAAACAACGUCGUUGCUAUCGUAUGAUUGGUGGUGUUCUUAUUGAACAUACAGUUGGAGAAGUUGUACCAGCACUUCAAGGAAAUCGUGAACAAAUAAAUAAUGUUAUUGAAAGUUUUAAACAAAAGACUGAAGAAAAAGCAAAAGAAUUAACUGCUUAUAAACAAAAGUAUGAUAUUCACUUUUCUUAUGAACGACCAACACAACAGCAGCAAGGUUCACAAUCUGCUGGCAACGCUGCUGAUUCGGGAGCAACAAAGAAGGAACCACAAGAUUCAGGCGUUUUAGUUGAUAAAGAAAAUUAA